AGGUUCAGUAAGACUAAGAUUGUAGUCGAGGUAGGUUGUGUUGUCCCUCGCCUCGGUAUGUCAUAUGACUAGUGUAUCUACUACUACAACCACCGGACCAUCAUUACCUUGCCUGCCGCCUUUUCCUUUCCUCUCGUAAGCUAGCGUGCCCGGAAAGUGUGUGAAUAGUGCCAGAUUUGCAAGGAGUGUUGCGCGUGGUGGUGAACGGAUUUGACAAUGCGGGCAAGGGAAAGAAACUAGGAAUAGAAGAUAAACGUUGAGCAUGGCAGAAGCAUCAGUGAAGUGAUGUGUGUGUGUGGUCUGAGGAGUGGAGCAACAGCCUCCUCCCUCGGAGCGACAGGUGGUCCGGAAAAAGGGAAUCAUAUGCGAGACAGGAAGGAAAUAAGUUAUUACCAGCGUUAGAUCCACACUGCCUCCACCCACGCCCGCACCUCCGCGCACGCCUACGAUUCUGACACGUGCCCAUAGCGCCCACACCGAGAAGCAAGUGUCAGCAGCUGCUCAGAUUCGCUGGUACUGUGGGUCACAGGAAGAACUCACAGGGACAUGUUUCCUCACAGGCGCAUGUAGUGCUCCUACUCAGACUCUGACUCACUCUCACUCUCACUCUCUCUCUCUCUCUCUCUCUCUCUCUCUCUCUCUCUCUCUCUCUCUCUCUCUCUCUCUCUCUAACACCAUUAUCAUGCCCUGAUUUCCCAAGAGACUUAAGUGUUCACCUUUUUUAACAAGUGACCUCUCUCUCGAUUUUUUUUUUUUUUUUGGUAAUCUGGCGAAGAUUUUGUCUCGUGUUUCAAUAAAAAAUCUAAAUUUGCAUAUUAACUAUGUAUCAAGUGGCUAAAUUAUGUGGUAUGUGUGGUGUUCUAAUCAAAGGUCAGAGGUAAACUGCUGCUUGGUACUGACUACUCUGGAGAGACUAAACAAAUCUACAUAGACCGUCCACGUAUCUGAAAUGACGGUAAAGUUACAUUGGAUUGUUAUCGAGAACUAUAGUACUAUCAUCCCCAGCACAUGAUAACCAGUGUGCAAUACCUCUAAUGCAUUUCCCCAACAAACUAAACGUUUGAAAAUAUUUUGUUUGUUGUGUUGAGGAAAGACCCUAGAGUUGCUUCCCAAUAUUAGCAGUACUUUACCCUCGAUUCUGAACUCUAAGCCGAACCUAGCCUUUGUUAGUCAUCGCAGGGAAAAGUGCGUUGUCCAUACAUGACUAUUAUGGAUGAAAACGUGAGAAUAAAACGGAGUUUUUGGGAUGGAGAGAAAAAGUGAAAAUAUUGUGGUGAUUUACCUGAAGCAUUACUUUACAAGACCCGCCAGUGAUGAAGCGUAAAUAAAAAAGGAUAUGUUCAUAACGAUGUGCACUAGAAGGUACAAUUUUACAUUGAACAAAUCUGAGCAGAAAAUAUAAAUAUUUUUUUAUAACGUUUGACAACUGAUACAGUUUAAAAAAUAUUAAUCUAUGAAAAAAAUUAAUAAAAAAUAUAAACUUAAGAUAAAGAGAAGAAACACUAAGUUAUAUACAAUAUAUAACUUUUAGAAGUACAGUGUGUGGAAGUUUUGAUAAAAAUAAGCCUAAGGGAAACUUUGCCAACAAUUGUUAUUGCAAGUUGUGCAAACAAGAGUGAGGAGCGAGAGGCAGUGGGGCCACCUCGUGCAGGAGUUUUGACCAGUUCGAUGUUGAGACCCGGGCGUGGAGCGGGAGGCUGGUUGUCUAGUUCAGACUGGCUCUGGUUGUUGUUAAGAGGCACCUUCGGCAGCACUGGCCGUAACCACACCUGGGCCUGGAACGUUGGCUUCCUCCUCCUCAUCUCUGCAGCUCAUCAUAAUCUCCCCUCAACAACCACUUCCUUUCUCUUCUUCCCAACCCACGCCACCUUCUUUACCUCCCCGGCGCCCUCGUCCUCUCCUGCUGUGCCCCAUUCCUCUCCUGCUGCGCCCCAGUCCACUCCUGCGCCCCUGCCCAUAGUAGAGGUCAGCUUGCCUGCCAAGGAAGGCAGCAGUGAGAAGAGCGUCACCAUGACGGAUGCACAAGUGUAUAAGGUGUUGCUAGCCUCCGCCAUCCUUAUCUUCUGGUCAGGCUUCUGGGUGGUUCACCUUAUAGGCAUCAUUUACGGGUACCGUCGCCUGCACCAGCGUCGUGCACUGAGCGUGGAGAGCGGAGACCAGGGCGUGUUGGGUGUUAGUGUUCUCAAGCCAUUAGUGGGCACCCCCAUGGACCCCAACCUCAUGACUAACUUGGAGACCUUCUUCACGUUAAACUACCCCAAGUUUGAGCUGCUAUUCUGUGUUCAGGAGGAGGGUGAUCCUAGCAUCAUGAUUGUCCAACAGCUGAUGAAGAAACACCCACAUGUUGAUGCUUCCUGUUUCAUAGGUGGUUUGGAGGUGGGUGUGAACCCCAAAAUCAACAAUAUGCAGCCAGGAUACUUGGCAGCCAAACAUGAGCUGCUGUUGGUGUCUGAUUCGGGUCUACUCAUGAAGGAAGACACACUUACUGACAUGGUUGCUCAUAUGACCCCUGAUGUUGGUAUUGUCCAUCAGAUGCCCUUCACAUGUGACAGAAAGGGCUGGCCAGCUAUACUGGAGAAGGUAUACUUCGGGACUGGGCACGCAAGAAUGUAUCUGUUUCUGGGCCUAUUGGACGCUCUUGGCUUUGGUGUCAAUUGCUGUACCGGCAUGUCCUGUCUGAUGCGAAAAAAAGUGCUGGAUGAAGCUGGAGGAAUUAGUGCUUUUGGCAUAUACUUGGCAGAGGAUUACUUCUUUGCCAAGUACAUCCAGGACCGUGGCUGGGGUAUUCGCAUUGCUUCACAACCUGCCUGGCAAAAUGCUGGCAUCUGCAGAGUCAAGACAUUCCUCUCCAGACUAACAAGAUGGUGUAAAUUACGCAUAGCAAUGGUACCUCACACAAUAUUAUUGGAACCAUUUAGUGAGUGUAUGGUACUAGGGCUGGUGGUAUCAUGGGCUGCCACCGUCUUGCUGCGGGCUGACUACCUCACAUUCUUUCUGUUUCACACACUUACAUGGUCCCUUGCUGAUUGGAUCAUGCUCAACAUUGUGCAGUUUAUUUGUUUACAGAAUGGGCCUCCUCCCUUUAGCAAGUUUGAGUUUGUGAUCAGCUGGUUAUUCCGAGAAGUAAGUGCACUCUUCAUCUUCCUCCACGCUAUGUGGAACCCGGUAAUCAGCUGGCGUACUGGGUCCUUCAAGUUACGUUGGUGGGGUGUGGCAGAACCUGUCAGUAGCAGGGUUACUGUGAUGUAAAUGAGUUUGGCAAAAUUGUAAUGAAUGAAUAGCUGUGUGGUAUGUAGCAGUCAUAUUUCAUAUGACCUCAGAAAUGAACUGUUUUCAGCUUCUCUAUAUGUGAUGUGUAUGGAAGCUUUAACUAAACCAAGAGCAGACCCAAGAUGGGAAACUGUCACGUAUGGUCUCUUACUGUCAUCUCCUUCACUCUUGAGAUGGAUAAAGGAAUCUACAAUAACAUCUGUAUUGUAAGCUUCAACAAAGUUCAUAAUGAAUCUUAGCACAAUACUUUAGAUUGUAUUAGGGAUGCAUAAAAUGUCCCAAGGUGUUGCCUGAUUUUACCAGGUAUGUAUAGUUGCCAUUUCCAGGCACUGGAGGCACAUAUUUCAUGUUGGUCCAUAUUGUGACAAUAGAGCUAAUAUGCUUCACUUUCAUGUGUGCUGAUAUUUGGCAGUGAUGUAAAGUUAAAAUGCAUUUGCCAUAGUGAAAGAAGGUACCAAGGUGAGAUUUAAAAAAAAAACUGGUGCAUUAGGAAAAUUAUCUUCAUCUUGCCAGUAUUAUUAUAGUAGGUUAUGGAUAAAUAAUAACCUUGUGAUCCAUCAAAGUUGAUACACUUGCACCAGCCAAGUGUUAUUUUUCAACAUACUGGUAAGCAUUUUUGUUUUACUGUAUUUCAAGGUGGUACACAGUGGAUGGGCAUUAUAUGAGAGAGUCACCCUCAUCAAGUCUUAAUUUCUUGAAGUUGAGGAAAAUAUUUGACCCUUUGAUAAUAUAGUAGUAGGUUUAUGUUUAGUUUCAAGAGUACACAAUGUGUUAGUUGACUAAAUUUAAGUACAGCACAGUUUAAUAUGAUGGAAAGAGCAUUUGUUGAGCUGUGUAUCAAAUAUGGUAUCUAGAAAAGUACUUCACCUUGGUACACUAAUUGUGAUAAUAGGCAAGUGAUAUUUGUAUAGUACAUGAACUGAGGGAGCUGCUAUACAUAACUUACAAUUGCACUUAUUGGAAGUUAACUUCCUUCACAAAGUAAAAAGCUAAAAGUACUUUUGUUGCAAAAUUUGGGACUUGUAAUCUUUCUUCAAAAUUUAUUAUAUUACAACACAGUAUACAUAUAGUACUUAUCAUAUUCAUAAAAAUGUGUAAAUUCAUAAGGGGCAUUGUUUUCACAAAAAAAUCUGAAACCACAUGGAUCAUACAAUGUACUAUACAGUACAGAGCUGUAUGACCUAUACAGGUUUACCACAUAUUUUUGAAUGAUAUACUGUACAGUAUUUUGCAUCACAGGUUAAAAUUUUAAUAUUGUGCAUAGUUUUCAAAUAAUUUUCGACAAAAAAUACAGUACGUCAUCAGACAUGACAUUUUGAAACCAAAGUAUAAAAUACAAAUAAAGCAGUGUCAAACCAGAUAAAA